UCAUGUCCAACGAGUUAAGUCGGCGAAAUGCUUGCGAGAUAUUUAUAUUUUCCAAAUAAAGUUGCCCUAAAAACCAUGUACUGAUUUUAUUUGAGCAGUGGCGCGCUGAAUUAUUCGCUGUAACGUUAGUUUGGUAUCUGAGAAGAUGUUUGCGAAACCGUUUCGUGUCAAAUCCAACACCGUAAUCAAAGGAUCAGACAGGAGGAAGCUCAAAGCUGAUCUUUUGGCAGCAUUUCCUUUAUUGACUGCUGAUGAGCUUUCUGAGCUAAUACCCAACAAAGAGGACUUAAAUGUUGUGAAGGCUUAUGCACACAAGGGAGAAGCCGUGACAUUUUAUGUUCUUCAGAAAAAUCCACUUUUCUUUGAACUGGAAAAACGACUUCAUCCAACAGUUUAUGUUCUUUGGCUCCGCCCGGCUCUCUUGCCAGUGUUCAGGACAUGGCCUCCUGUGCUUCAGAAGUUGGCCGGAGGAGCUGAUCUCAUGCUGCCAGGUGUGGUGGUGCCUUCAAGUGGUCUUCCAGAUGUUCGGCAGGGGGAGUCUUGUGCAGUUACAGUCGUGAAUAAUAGGGCUCCUGUUGCAGUUGGGAAAGCUGCAGUGUCCACUUCAGAGAUGCGCAGUUUGGGCAUGAAAGGGCGAGGAGUGUGUGUUCUCCACACAUACAUGGAUUAUCUCUGGGCAUUUGGCGAUAAGUCAGGUCCUCCUUCUUUGCCAGAUACAGGGAGUGAGGAACAAGACAUGAACGGAGAGGAAUAUGACAUCAGUGAGAACGAGGAAGAAGUUGAGAAGUGCGAGGAGCAGCAAAGUUCUGGUGAAACUCUCUUAGAUCAAGCCUGUUGUGAGGAACUGAAGCUGGCAGAUCCAGAGGAAGACCAAGUUGAAAUUAGUGAUGAGAAAGAAGCGCAAAACCAGGAUGACCAGAAAACACCACAAGAGACAAUGGAUGCCUUGCUGCUGCAGUGCUUUCUGCAUGCACUCAAGAGCAAGGUGAAGAAAUCGGACCUCCCUCUGUUAACUAGUACAUUUCUCCGCAACCACAUGUUCUCUUGUUGCCCAAGUGGAAAGCAACUUGAUAUCAAGAGAUCCAGCUAUAAAAAGUUGUCCAAGUUUCUACAGGUCAUGCAGCAGCAGCAUAAGCUUGUGCGAGUGAAAGAACUCACCAAGGGUGUGGAGAGCAUUGUGGAAGUGGAGUGGAAACAUCGAGAACUGCGUUCCUUCAGAGUUCCAGAGGAGACAGAUGUUGAAGCAGCUCCUUUGCAGGAUGCAGAAGAAGGAGAAAUUACGUACCAACCCCCAGAAAUUACAAUUCUGUAUUCUGUGCCUGCCCGUCUGGAGCCUCUCUUUUUAGAUGCAAAAAAGAGGAAAGGAACAACCAUGCUCCCCGCCGAAGUAAGAAGUGUCAUCACAGAAUAUGUGAAGAAGAAUGAGCUGGUACAUGAACAUAACAAGAAUUAUGUGACUAUAAACCCUGCCCUCUGUGACUGCUUGCUGGAAAAAUCAGAAUACCAGGAGGUUGAGUCUCUCAAAUGGGAUGAUCUCUUUAGCAGGACAUUGGCAAGAAUGCAGGAGUGCUAUCAAGUUGUCUUCCCUGGACAAGCACCGAUCAUAAAGAAAGGUCAUAUUGAGCCUGUAGACAUCUCUGUGGCUUCUCGGGGCUCUAACAAGAAGGUGACCGUAAUAAAGAACUUGGAGGCGUAUGGUUUGGAUCCUGCAGUUAUUGCCUCGGCUUUACAGCGUAGAGUCCAGGCCAGCACUGUGAUCCAACCUGUCCCUGGAACCAAGGACAGAGUUCUGGUCCAAAUCCAAGGCAACCAGGUCCAUCAAGCUGGCAAUAUGCUGAUCGAUCAUUAUCAAAUUCCUCGCAAGUACAUCCAGGGGCUGGACAAACCUCCUAAAAGUGGCAAGAAAAAGUAAUGUUUCAGGUUGCUGUGCCAGCUGAUCUUCCUGCCUUUAAAGCUGCUACAUUGUGAGGAAAGACUGCAAACUGUUGACCAUUAAUUCAAUAAAAAUCGGCUCUUGAUUCACUUUCAUAUUCAGCCUCUCACUUGAUGACAGCAACAGCCCUCCUGUAACCAUGAUAUGGAUGUUUUCACUGUAUUCUAAAGAGAAAUAAAAGUCCACUUGAUUUUAUGCUUUGACUCACAAUUGGAUUUCAGAAUAAAAUUAUUUAUUAUGAGAUUAGGUAAGCAUAGACUUGAUUUCUUUUUUUUUUUGUCUGUUUCAGCUAAAGACUGAAACACAUCUGUAUUUGUUGCUGUGCUCAUUAAUAUGCUAAUGAGCUGAUUUAAUAAGCUAUGUGAAUAGAUCAAAGUACCAUUACCUGUUGAACAGAAAUACAGUCAUCAUGGUGUCACUCUGCAGUCAUUUCUGUUCUCUCACUUGUUGCAUUGAGGAAGCCACACCAGUAUUAACUCUUGUUUUUCUUCUUGCAGCAUCCAUUAUUUUGUUGUUUUUGUUUGUUUUCUCUCCCCGUUUUCAUCCCACACCAGUUUUUGUUGCAUCCUCAGAAAUUGAGCUGGUUCGCUGUAGCUGCACAUUUUGUUACUUCCAUUCACCAGAGGAAGCUCUGCCUAUCGCGGCUCACACACACACACUGAAUGUGCAUGAGGCGAGCACAGGCAGCUCCCACAGAAACCAACAGAAAGUGUGACCAAUCAUUUUCUGAAUAAUGCAAUUAGGUUUACUUUUUAUAGUGGCCAUGGAUGACAAAUGUUUUCCAUAUUCAUCUCAGAACAUUUGUUUCAUAAUUUAUUGUUAGAAAGUGAAAAAUUAUUUUAACCAGUUGCAUGAAAAUUGCCUAAUGAAGUGGCCACAUGAUCAAGUAUUUUCAUUUUCUUUUAGGUCAUAUACUUUAAAUUAUUUAAAUUGAAUACCUUAGCCUUCACAUUUUCAAUUUUACAGUUUUUAAUUCUUAUAAAAUACAAACACAAAGAAACGUAUAUUCAUUUAAAAAUCAAACAGUUUAUCCGAAAUCAGCCAGUAUGCUGUUUCUAAGGAUUCGCAGCAGUGUUAUUUAGCAUCAGUGAUGUCACCACAACAAAACAAAUGAUUUUUUUUUUGUCCGUAACUUCCUAAACAAGUCUUCAUUUGAUUUGCUGUAUUUUAUCUCUCUCUUAAGUGAUGUACUAAGCUUUAAUUCAGAUCUUGUACCUUUCAACAGUGCAGCCUCAGUUGUGUCAAGGUGGGGUCAUUGUGGGGACCUGCCGUUUCAUCUGCUAUUUUUAUGAUUUGUUAAUCACAUUAGCAAGUUUUUGUUUUGAAGUCUCUGGGUUGGUUUAAAAUUACAUUUCCCCAGUGUUGUGUGUUUGUCUUUAUACAAUACUGAUCUUCCACCCAAUUACUUUAGCUCACCCUUUCAUUGAAUUUUCUGGUUAUGCCAUCCGUAUCAUGUCUGCAUUACACGUGGCACUUUAACUUCAUUUCUUGGAUUGUUGCACAUAUUUGUAAAGAACAUUACAAACACAAACAAGCAGAAUUAAAACAAUGACAUUAUGAUGAAAAACAAAAUAGGCCGCAUCUUUAAACUUGGUACAGGAAUAGCUAUCUUCCCAUGGCUGAUGCUACUGAUGCUACAUUACCGUUCCAACAGUAACAAUGAGGUCUAUUAUUAUUCUGCAUUUGAGAUUAUGGCAGUCAAACGACUUCAGCUGUUUGGUUUGUCCCCAUUUCUCCUGACUCCACCGUUAUGUCCAUGUUGUUAACAACCAAUUUAAAGGAACAUUCUAAAGUUGGAUUAAAAAGAAAAAAACAAAGUAGGUCUAUUUGUCGAUGGUAAGAAGUGUAAACCUUUUGUUAGGAACAGAAUGUCAUGAAUUGAAGCAGUUAUGUGUCAGA